CAUCGGCAUUGUCAAGCGGCUUUCUGCUAAAAAAAAAUGUAAAAAGUUUGCGUGCUUUCGCUAGUUGUUUUGCGGCCGAGAAUAUUUUCACUCCUACGGCUUCCUAAUGCGUUGAAGGACGUUGUGUACUACGCUUGUUUAGAGUUCAUCGAGACGUAUGUAGAAGCCGCUGACCUAUUUUUUGUCUCGUGUAUGAGUGCGUUGUGCGUCAGUGAGGCUGCUCUCAGCCUGCUGUGCUCGCAUGGCUUUGUCCACGGGCGUCUGUAUUUAUUUGUAACAUUUUGCUCAUUCAUCGAUGCUUUGUACGCGUAAUUCGGCCCCACUCGAGCCCGCUCACAUGUUUUCGUGUCAGCCAAACUGCGUCAUGCCUCUUAAAGUCGUCCUAAAGAAUUUCCUCAACCACUUUGAAACUUUGGAGGCGCGCAAGAAACUAGGGGACGACCUUUUCGAAGCCGAGUUUCAGAGUUUGAAGGAACUUACAGAACGCCUCAAGCAUGAUCCUGAAUAUGCUUGCAACGAAGGGCAGAAGGAAGUCAACCGAAAGAAGAACAGAUACAAAGAUAUUCUACCGUAUGACCUGUCGAGGGUUAUUCUAUCCGAGUAUCCUGGAGUGCCCGGUUCCGACUACAUUAAUGCCAACCUAAUUAAGGGUGCGAGCGGUUCCAGAGCCUACAUAGCAUCCCAAGGGCCACUGCCGACGACGGUCAUGGACUUCUGGAGGAUGAUCUGGGAGUGUGAGGUGCAAGUCAUCAUCAUGGCUUGUAAUGAAAAGGAAUCUGGAAAGUAUAAAUGUGAACGAUACUGGCCCAAUGAAGGAGAGAAGAAACAGUAUGGCAAUAUCACGGUUGAGUUGGUCAAAUGGAAACAGGUCUGCCCAGACUUCUUGCUCCGCACGCUGCGUGCUCGCUGCGGCACUGAAGAGCGCACCCUCUGCCAGUUCCAUUACUGGUCGUGGCCUGACCAUGGCGUUCCGACCUCUGUGGGCCCCAUUGUGGACCUGGUUCGGCUGGUGCGAGACUGCCAGGCCUCGGAAGCCUUACCUGUGCUCGUUCAUUGCAGUGCUGGAUGUGGAAGAACAGGAACUAUUUGUGCCAUUGACUACGUCUGGGGUCUAAUGAGAGUUGGGAAAUUGAGCGAUUCCUUCAGCUUGUACCAGAUAAUCCGAGAGAUGCGAAUGCAGAGGAUUGCCAUGGUACAGACCAAGGAGCAGUAUGUGCUGGUUCAUCGCGUGGUGGCCGCCCUCUUCGAGCAGCAGCUGAGGAUAAUAGAUAGCCACACUUAUGAAAACCUUGACGAGGAUGGUGAACCACUUCUGGGGUCCGGCGAAAACAUUCAAAGCAAUGACAAAAUCUACGAAAACCUCGAUGACCUUGGUCUGGAAAACAGGAGCGAAGAAAAGCAAAACGCCGAAAAUGAUGAGAAGUGUGAUAAAGAAAAAGAAGUGACUGCUGGCAGCGAAGAGUCAAAGGCUGCACCAUCUCAAGAAACCGUGCCCGUGUUGGCUGGCACCGAGGAUGCUUCCCAGAGGCAGGCUCGAGCCAACCGUUCCAUGUCGUGGAGUCCCGAGCCCAACUCCAUUGCUACGUCAUCUUCCGCGCUGUCAUCCUCUGAUGCAAGGGGAGGUUCUCGUAGUUCAGUUAUUACUGACGACGAAGAUAGCCAGUCCUGCAAGGACGACCCUGUGCAAACGAAAAAGAGCCUCAGCAAGAAAAAAACGGCUGAUGAGCAAGGAAAGGCCUCAACUCUUAGCCGUGUUCGAAGCCUCUCGGCAACUAACAUAUGCCUGGAGGGAUCGCCUGGCAAGGCAGAAGCAGCAGACAGCUCGGGAAAGAUUGUUGGAAAGGCAACCGUCAUCCGCCGUCCCAGCAUAGCAAGGCUUAAAGCUCUCUUUGAGAAGUCUGACUCUGACGACAUCAGCGGAGGAGAGGCAAGCAGAAGGAGGCCUGUGUUUAGAAGCUACAGCCAGAGAGUCGCACCACGACGGCCGUCAGUAGCACAAGUACCAGACGGCGUAGAAACACCGUCUGCAUCAAAGUUCAAGCCGCUGCUGUCAAAGCGUAAAAGCCUCGGUCCUUCAGCUCGAAAGGCAAAGGAGUUUCGAGACCAAGAGAAGAGCCAGAAGCAACUGGGAGCAAGUUUAGGCACAGCUUCAAAGAAAGAGAACCAGACCAGCAAAGCUGAGCAGUCUGUGCCUGCAACCGUGACAACAACAAAGGUCUUGACUACACCCAUGCAGAUGGUGAGCUCCUCGAGCGAAGCAGCCGCAAUGCCGCAGAACCUUGCAACAAGCUGGUAUGGGGACAGCAGCGAAGUGUGGGAGAAGAACGUUCUGUACAAGUCCUUCAGCAGCUCCAACCUCGCCAGUCUCAACUCGCACAACAACAACAACGCACCAGGCUCGAAACCACUCUCUGAAACAUCAAGGAACUCAUUCUCCAGCAGCAUUUCAUCCAAACUGGGUCAGAAAUGUGAUUUGCCGCCGCAGCUACCGACAAAGAAGCGAACAGUGCAGACCCUGUAUGCGCCUAUUCCGUUUUACGCUGUCAACGCAGCGAGGAAGUCUCAGACGCUCCCUGCCUUGGCAAGCGGCGCUGAUGGCGUGCAGCCCCAAAAGGUCGAAUCUCGAGGAAGCAGCAUUUACGAUUUCCUCCCACGGAAGGAUGACAAUGCACCUCCCAGGCUUCCGCCAAAGACAAAACUGACAAAGCCACAACUGCAUGUCGUCCCAAUAUCGGCUCUGAACAACACUUACGUAAAUGUUUCAGACAUGGUUUUGGCAAGAAAUGAACUUAUGUCUCGCUUGUCUGACGGCCGUUACAUGAACGUAAGCCUCGAAGCAAAGGAGAACAUGAAUCGGAUUGAAAACGUAAUAAGGCAACAUCCUCGAGGAGCCAUUAUUGAUCUCACGUCGCGGAAGUCGUUCAACGAUCGCAUUGCUUCCGGUUCCAUUUCUAAGUAUGAGCAGGUAUGGGAUGGAAAGACGUUUGUGAAGAGAGACCUGAACAGCAACGAAGUGGAGGCCGGAAAGGGCACGGUUGCUGGCCGCCCUGUCAAGAGUGAAGAAGACUCUCGUCUCGUUGCACGAAGAGAUGGUUGUGAAAGCGGCGCAGCUAUGGACGACUCUGUCUCUGCCAACAAGGAGAAGUCAGCUACUCUUCCGUCCGCUUUCCGAACGCAUGCCAACCAGAAAGAGUUGCCACGGCAGAAUGUGGGGCAAGACCCGUUAGUUGUGUCUUCAUCAGACAUGGACACUUCAGACAUCUACACAACGCAUGACGAACGAUCAGGCACGGAGUAUGACACCCUCUUCGCAGAAUCUAGCGAUGCUACAGAGACUGAUGCGCCGUGUGAGAAAGAUGCAAGGUGGAAAGGCUUUUUAGCUCUCCAGCCUGGACGUGCGCAGUCGGUGCCUUUGCACAUGGCAAAGAACAUGUCAGGUUCACAUGGCAAUCAGCAGCACAUAGUUAGGAUACCUGAUACGGAAGUAAAGCGCCCGCUGCCACCCUACGAGACCAUCUACCCGGUGCAACCUGGCUUUAUUGGCAGCGGCGGCAGAGCCCACUACUUCACCAGCAACCCCCCUCCAAAGCCACCACGCACUUACGGCUACUGGGGCACCAAGUAUGAAACCGGGCGUUCUGGCAAUGCAACCGUCGGUUCCCCGAAAAAAACGUCUGAGAGCAUUUACCAAGUACCACCUCAACCCAGAACAACGCCGCACAUGAUAUCUAGGCCACUACAUCGGCUGCCACCUUCCUGUGACCCGAUGGCCCACUCAACGUCAUCAGUGCCAAAUUUUGGUUCGGUUCCCUUUGCUCCCGUGUACCAUCCACGCCAAGGCGUGUCUGCCAUUAGAAGCCCAGAUUACGAAAAUGUGUAUGCCUGCCGCUCUGCCUUGGCAGAUGCACAAGCUGCGACGAGACAGCAAGGGACACGUAUUGUAAAGCACCACUCCGAGUACCGUCCCCAGAUCAGGGUUCCCCAGCAGGAGUCCACCGAAGUUUCGAAAACGGGCAAUUCCAUGCCUGCUGCCAAGCUUCCCCUACAGCACUCAUUCUCAGAUGCCAGCAUCUACGAAGCGGUUCGAGGUUCGCUGUCCCAUCAGCAGCAGGAGCAGCAGAGACUGGCUGAAAUUCAAGCACAGUACGCAGUUGUAGUUAAACCGAAAAAAUCGGGACUGCAAAAGAGCAAAACUGUGGUCUCGGAAAGUGCACUCCUUGGACCGUCGGGACCGUCCGCACCCCCGCGAUGCCGGCGUCAGCCGCAGCCAGAUUCUACUGAUUCCUCAGAUGGUGCCGGCUGCAAGCUGGAGAAACAAAGUGUUCCUGAUGAUGUCGCACAGGUCCAUGUGAAACCGAGCAAGAAAGGAGCAAGUUCUGGAAGCAAAAACCAGUCCAAGGAAGGAACCUCAAGCGGCAGUGAGGGCAGCGGCUUUUCGGGCACGCUGAGCAAGGCCUUUGGGAGGCUGAACCCUUUUUACAAGGGGAACUCUGGAACGUCAGAAGAGGCAAAGAAAAAGACUCCAGCACAGCCUGCUGCUACAGCAAGUCCCAAGAAACCUGAUGUCCCUAAGAAACCAAGCAACAUCGCCAUGCUGCGAAUGUCCAAGAAAAGGCCUGCACCGCAGCCAAAAGUUUCGAAGGCCCCAGACUUUUCCGAUCGCCCUCUUUCACAAGGUCCUAAUGACUCAUCAGGAUCCGAACACUGGACUCAGGUUUAAAAGUGGCUGUUGUGCUUGCUUUGAACAGACGUCGUCUGUUGUGCAACGAAACUCUGGUAUACAUGCAGCCUAGAUGUUCUUGUUUAUUUAAAUGCACAGUUUUUCCCAUACAAUGUUACUCUCUUAGGGAAUGUUAGCUGAUGCGUCUGUGCUUUAGUGUCAUCGUUUUGGCCCAAUACUGGGACGUAAAUGUCAUCAGCCGCGCUUGUGGUGACCUCUGGUGGCACUGUAUUCAAACGACUAGAAUGUGCUCGAACUGUCUUUUGUGUUGUUAUUCUUCUUAACAAGAAAAGGUAUUGUCUUUUGUAUCACUAUAGAAACUGUUUCACCAGCAGACAAUAGUAAAGAGCCACAAAGGCUCACACAAUUUAGUUGAGUGCAGUGCCUCUAGACGUUGCCGCUAGUGGCACAUUUCAUUGUUCUGUUCUGGCUAUUCUUUGAAAACAGUAAUGCUUAAACAUGCAAGUACCGGGCUAAACUCGAAUUUUAUUUUUACUCGACUGACUUACUAUUACCUUCGAUAAGCGCAAUUCCAGUACUGCUGCCGCCCUCUUUAGUGCGUUGUAAGGCUAAUGCGCUAGCAUCGAGCGCUUUACUUUUGCAGCAAUAAGCCUGAUUUUGUUCAAAGGCAUCGCUACUUAAUACAUUAGCUUUUUAAGCUAAUCGACACAUGUACAGCUAUCGCUGGGGUAGUUAAGGAGGAUGACCAUCGAGACUCGUCCUUCUUGUGGUGCUGAGGGAUUUUCGGUAAAACCGAAACUUGUUUUUAAUAGCACAACACAUCGCACUUUUUUUCUCGCAAGUGUUAUUUACCCUUUUAUGCUUUCAAUAUUUAUUUUUACCUUAUUUAAAACGUUUCACUUUUUACUUUUAUAACUUCGGGAAGCAGUGCUCGUUCAGAUCUAAGAUUUGCAGAGGUGUUAUUCCAGCCUGUGUUUUGCUGUCGCCAGAGCAAGCUCGUUUUGUAUGGCUUGUGCGGAGCCUUGCAUAUUUGACAUUCAGUGCGGGGCAUUUUUAGAUGUAGAAGACAGCAGGCCUGUGACACUUCUAACCCAAGACUGAUUUAUGCUUGCUCAUCGUCGGCAACGGCCUUUCUCUUCUCUGACCUUUCAGCUCCCGCACUUUCCCCAAUUCCACGUGGAAUGUGAAUCUCUGAGAGGCAGAUAAGCUCUGGAAGAUAGUUUAUACACGAAGUGGAUUGACGAUGUCAUCAUGGUUUGAGGCCACUACAGACUCUUGUCCUUGCCUUCCCGUCUCUCUUCUUUCUCCUUCCUAGGGGACAUCAGUAAAGUACUACUUCGAACAGCUCUAUGUCACUUUUGCAUGGGUCAACUGUCUUUGAGACUUUUCUUUUCUCCCAGGGUCUUUAAGUUUCUUUUCUGCUAAAGCCUGUCAUUUGUAGGAAUUGUUCCCAUUCAGGAUUGCAGGAAGUUUCCAUUCAACAUAACACUGCCCGUUUCACCACCCUAUUGUGUGUGGGGUUUCAACUAGACUGGCUCCUAUGGGGAACCUGCACAGAGAGCUUUCCACGGCUGGGCGCACUGCCGCAGAGCUGUAGUCUCGCAAACAAAGGCCGCAGUUUGUAGUAGGACACAUCGUGUCUGCAUGUACGUGCACCUUCAUUUAUGUUGAGGUGCAAGUGUCUAGUGUCUAUCUGCCUAAUCCUGCACUUCCAUGCACAUUAAUGCAAAAGCAUUGGCACCGUCGGCAGCGUGCCGACACAGCCGUGAAGGCUUGUGCCAAGUUAAGGUUGCUUAAUCAGUCAGGAACCAUUCUUGCUGCCUGCCCUUCCUUAGGUUUCACCGAAGUCUUGGCAAACCAAGCGUUUCUGCAUGUAGUCGCUGCAGUGGCCAGGAACCAAACCUGUGUCCUUGAUCAGAACACCGUCAAUCGGUUUCUCUCUUCCUGUUAUUCUUUGCUGCUUUGAAUUCAGUGUUGUCAUUCUCUGUUAUAGGCUCAGUGGCGAGAAUGGUUUUUAGUGUCAUUAAGAAGCGCUGAGUGUUUUUAUGAUGAUAGUUCCUAGAAAGUAAAACCUUUGCAUGUUUUAGCUUUGCUUUUUACUUAACGCAAAGCAGCGAAUGCGGCACUGUUUUCCCAAUAAUUUAUGUUUUACCACCCUAAGUUAUUAACUUUCAUUAUCUGUUUGCGUGCACUUAUGUGGCAACUGCAUGAAACACAUUUUUGUCUGUAACUGCAACGUGCCGGUGUUCAAAUUUCACGGUGCACAGUGACCACGCCUGCUUCACUGCUCAUUUAUGUUUCUGGUCAAAGAACAACGCUCAGUUAAGUCAUGUGAAAUAUGUUUUCAAGACUAAGUUUGGCAUUUAUUUGGUGGAAGAAGGUUAUUAGCUGAGAAAAUGAAGGGAAAUGUAUCUCUGAAUUUCAUGGCCAAACUGCAGCACCUGUACGUUAGUAUGUCUUCAUGGACUUCAACGUAUUUUCACACAUUUCAAGACUAUUUCUGCUAAAAAACCGAAUGAAAACUCGCUAUGUUGGGCCAUUAGUUCUCUUAGAAUGCAGCGUAUCCCUUCUUUAUUGAUAAACUAUUGACUAGCCGUGAGCAGGUGCUGUCCAAGUAUUGCGAUGUCAUGAGUAGAUAGCACUGCAACUUAAAGCUUUAGUUUUUGGCGUCUUUUCUGGUUUACCAAGACUGCUCAUAGUAAGACUGGCAUCUCUGGUAUUCCAGAACAUAGUUUACCGUUAUUACUGGUAUGUAUUCUGGUAUUACAGAAGCAGUAUUUACUAAUGCGGUCAAACCUUGUUAUAACGAACUCACCUCCAACAUGAGAAUACCUUCAUUAUAUUCAAUAUUUGUUAUAAGCAUGUAUUCGUUACAUACUGGUAUAGGUAGGCAAGGAACAUUUUAGAUUACUUUAUUAUAUCUUUGUUUGUUAAUACAGGUUUUACUGUACAGUUUAAUGUAACAUUACUUUUUAUGUCCUUUAUUACGUAGCAACAUUUAACAGAAUCAUACGCGCUGGAAUUUUUACGUGCUUGCCUUGCACUGUUACUGAACACGGCAACAAUGUACCGAAGUUACAGCGGAAAUGCAUCUCAUAUGGUUGCCAAGAAUUUGCAUGCGUGUUUUUAAUUCAGUGUAAAGUUUUUUCUUCCCCUCAUACCUCUUCUCACACUUACAUCUUGACUGUUUGUCCGGAGACUGUCAGAAUUUGUCAUUGUGAUAGGCAGUCGAUGCUAGGCCUGUAAUGUAAUGAUGGCUAGUGAUAUGUAUAUGCCUUAAUCGACACAAGUCUUUCUUGUACAUUUGCUCGAAUGGAGAAGAAAUGUUCAUUUGUUAUCAGUGUCUGUUACUGUCAACCGAUGUUUUUGUAGUGCGGUGCUUGAACGAUGACGCUUUUUAAAUGUUGACAUGCACCUUUUUGCAGCAAGCAGUCAAACACCACUGACAUCUGCAAGCUACCUAUGGCUUGUUUUGUUUGCGCGACACUUGAGUUGUUGCGUUCAUGGAAGUCCCAAUAUCGAGCUUCACACAAUACGAUGAUCUCCUGCCUUUGUUUUUCGGCACUGUUCGCAGCUCCAGAAAAAGUCAAGGAUGGAUGUUAGAUAGUGCUAUUUUCAGAUGUACUAGAAUGUAUUUUUGAUUCAUUUUUUUUUUGCAGCAAGAUGUUCUUGUUAACAAUGUGUGUGUCUAUGUCCUCACCACCUCUACGGUAUAACUGCUAGUGGCAAAAAGAAAAAGAAAAAAGAAAACUGCGUCACGCAGAGAAUUUAUGUGAAAACAUUACGUGUCUGUAACACAAAAGAAAUUUUGAAUGCUAGUCCUAAACAAAGAUUGUUGGUGCUAUUGGGACUCGUAAAACAGCAAACAUUUUUAACUGUACUAGUGCAUUCACUGGCUGCAUAAUACCGUAGAAACAUAGCUUCGUUCUCAACACUAAGCAUUGUUAAGUACCGUAUUGUCACACUGUUUUGCUCAAGAGAACUAAUGCUUGAACUUUGAUCAUCAGCUGUGUUCACGCUAUGGAAAGGAGAUCACAUAGUUGCCUUUUUGCUUGGCCACUUACUGCCUUGUAUUUUGAAACUGCUCCCCAGGUGGUCUGGUAUAAUGAUGCUGUCUGUUCACGCUCAGUUGUUCGGAGCCACUUUUACUUAAAGAUGUGCCAAAUGUGCCAAAGUAGCAGUGCUUUGUGCUGUUUUGUUCACCACAACCAUCGUUAUCCUCUUGUAUACUAAUAUAAAAAGUUCUGGUAUAAUGCAGUGUGACCUCGCUAUAGCGAAUUCAUAUGUGACAUGAAAAUACCUUCAUUACAUCCAGUAUUCGUUAUAAGAAUACAUUUCUUGCACACUGACAUUGGGGAGAAAAUUUAGAUCUACUUUGUUAUGUCGUACAAUUCGUUCGAUGUGCGUUUGCUAUUUCGAGGUUCGGAUGUACUACAUGUUGCAGUUUUAUUGUGGUAGAUGAAGUUGGUGCUUUUUUCUGUAAUUGCCCAAAAGUGUUUACUUUUUUUAGUUCUUCGUUAAUAUUCACGAAGUGGUUGACAAAAGUGUGAAGGCCAGUUGCGGUUACAUUCUACAUCAUUUCCAGCUGUAUUGAGGUUGUUUUGAAUAGUAAGCCAGGGUGUCAGUCAAAGUUGAGAGGUGAUACAAGAGCACUCAUUAGCCAAGUGAAACCUGCAGAAACUCAUAACGCAUGGGAGUAGAUUUAUGUAUGUAGGAAGGCUGGCAGCCACCUCGAAGUGGCACAAAGCCUCCUGGUUGGUUCAUUUGGUUGAGCAACUGCUUCCUUAAAAAAGGCAAGUGGUGCUUGGUUUAUGCUCUAAACCAGAACAAAUGCUUCUUUGACUGUGAAGUUUUUCUUUCGAGGAAGCCGUCUGAAUUUUCUUCGUAGCUUCAUGCUUCUGACAGCUAAUCGACAAGCUUCUCCUUCACAAGUGAAAGCCGUUUCACUAAAACAGAGCACUUUCAAAACAAGCGAUGAAGUGACACAAUAAUCGGGUUUUGUGUUUGCAGCUCUACCUACGCACUCAACUUAAAGAAAAAAAUUUGCCAUGUAUGUACCUGAGAGGUGCGCUGCUAGCCGCGCUGUUCGCAACAAGUAGUUUUUUCUGGAGUCUACGCUGUGAAUUUGAAAGCCAGGCUCUUGUCAGUCGAUCUUUAGUUGUGAUCUGCCUUGCAAUGUGUUUUGACUCACCUGUACAGGGCGCCUUCGUCGCCACUAGUGCAAUGUGAUUAAUUGCCAGCCUACUGGAGGCCGUGCCUGGUGUUCAGUUUGCCUGGAACGUUGUGCCUUCAGUCAGGUCAACAUUGUUUACUCUCGUCAUUUCGUGUUGACGGAAUUUUCAUUUUGCAUCGUUGCAUUUUUUUUUCUUGGCUAUGAAAUCGUGAACCUGUAUGUACAUACUCAGAUAAAAUGACCCCUCCUUUUGCUCUUAA